AUGGAGCUUUCAAUUCUCGGGCGACCGGUCACCAAACCCAGACUUCACAUGAUCAUUGGCGGACUGGUUUUGCUUGUCUUCAUUUUGACAAUUUCACGCUUGGCCAUCAAAGGAACACCAUCAACCAGAGCGAAUAGUUGGGGGAUCGCAGUGUGCCUCAAAUCGGGAAUAUUUCUCGCCUAUCAGAUGCUGACAGCCCACGUUGAACGAUUCAAGAAAUGGGCAAGUACAAAAGCAAAUAUGAUAUUAAACAUUGUCGACACCGUUUUCUGGCUUGCACUGUUUAUCAUCACAAUCAUGGCAACGAUGGGAGCCACUAGUGAGGCUAGUCGAGCGUUGGGUGGUAUCAUAGCCACAUUGGUUGCUAUAUUACUUAGUCUCGAUGGAAUGCUUUCUUAUAUUUCUAUUCUUGAGCGUCGCUAUCACAAGCAUCAUUCAUCGCCACCAUCAGACAUGGAAGGGAAAUGA